AUGGAUGCCGAUGUCGAUGAGAUCAACACAGAUGAUGGUGAUGACGACGAUGUUUACAUAUUCAGCAUCGCUAAUGACUACGACAGCGAGGACGACGGCGUCCUCACUGGUACAGAAAACGUUCUUAUAGCAGUGCACACGAAGCUCACUGCUGUUGACAAGGAUGAAUUAGCAGAGGAAUUAAUGCUGACUCGACUCGCGGAGCGGUUGUCCGAUUCGUUCAAGACUCUAUUGCAUAUGCACUAG